GAAGGUUGUUGGCAAGAAUCGGACUUUGUGAAGGUCGUAUGGGAAUCAAUGAUGCAAGCUGUUGACUGGGGUUCUCGUGCUGAACAAAUCGAAGCACAAGCAUUACGUCAAGUUAAACAAUGUUCCACUAUUCUUGGUGCAUUUUCAACUAAUCCGAAAACUGAACUUGCACUUGUACAAAAAGUUCAAACUUAUUGUUACGAAGAUACAAAAUUGAUGAAACAUUUUCGUCAAAUUGUACAAAUUCUAUACAACGAAGAUGUUGUCUCAGAAAGUGCUAUUUUAUAUUGGUUUGAAAAAGGUGCUGUAAACAGUGGCAAGACAGUAUUUUUGAAACAAAUGGAGCCUUUUGUACAAUGGCUUAAAACCGUCGAUAGUGAGUCUGAAGAAGACUAA